GAUGUGCGAAUGAGGGCGCGAGACACACAGAAGUUCAGCAAAGGCGCACAGAAGGAGACAGCAGAAUAUUAGGAACACUCAUUGACACACGUGACACUUCAAAGCUGACACAAGUAUGUCUGUUAACUCUCCCAGUAGCAGCGAUGCAUGUUUGAGCAUCGUUCACAGUCUGAUGUGCCACCGGCAAGGUGGAGAGAACGAAGGCUUUGCCAAGCGUGCCAUCGAGAGCCUCGUGAAGAAAUUAAAAGAGAAGAAGGACGAGCUGGAUUCUCUCAUAACCGCCAUCACUACUAACGGUGUCCACCCCAGCAAAUGUGUCACCAUCCAGAGGACGCUGGACGGCAGGCUGCAGGUAGCAGGACGAAAAGGCUUUCCUCAUGUCAUAUAUGCUCGCCUGUGGCGUUGGCCAGACCUCCACAAAAACGAGCUCAAACAUGUCAAGUUCUGCCAGUACGCCUUCGAUCUAAAAUACGACAAUGUAUGUGUCAACCCCUAUCACUAUGAGCGGGUGGUGUCUCCAGGCAUCGUUGGACUAAGUUUGCAGACCACAGUCAGGCCGAUAAAGGAAGAGUAUAUCCAUGACUGUAUCCAGAUGGACGGUCCACCCAGAAUGCCCUCCCAGCAGGACCAUCAUGCCCAAGAGCACUACAGCCAACAGCUGCCCCCACUCCAGCUGCCCCCAGAGCCCCAUCGUCAUGCUCCUCCAUCAGUAACCCUCUACCCCAGCCUGCCUCUCUCACCACCUUCGAGCAGCUCCAGAAUGCCCCUGCAGGGUAGCCAUUCGGAGGGCCUACUGCAAAUUGCCUCUGUCCAAAGCAGGGCUUUGGCAUCCUGUUCUCCCCCCACCACCCCUACACACACACCAACAAACACAACACCACACAGUCAGAGCUCAGCCCAGCAACCUGAUGCAGAUCGCUGCAGUCAGGCUGAAUACAGCACUUCCAAACAGACACAGACACAGACCUCCUACCACACUACAACUUGGACAGGCACAAGUACUGCCUCCUACACGCCUAUGGCGUCCCAGCAGAAUGGGCGGAGUCACCAGCAGGGUCCUUCCCACCACACUGGUCAUUUCUGGUCUCAACAUCACACUCCCACGUCCUAUCCACAGCCAGUCUCCAACCAUCCAGGUCCAGAGUUCUGGUGCUCAAUCUCAUACUUUGAGAUGGAUAUCCAGGUUGGGGAGAUGUUUAAGGUCCUGGCUAACUGCCCGCUGGUAACUAUAGAUGGCUAUGUGGAUCCAUCCGGAGGAGACCGCUUCUGUCUGGGGCAGCUGAGCAAUGUGCAUCGCACAGAUGCCAGUGAGAGAGCACGACUCCACAUUGGUAAAGGUGUGCAGCUAGAGUGCCGUGGGGAGGGAGACGUGUGGAUGCGAUGUCUCAGUGACCAUGCUGUCUUUGUGCAGAGCUACUACCUGGACAGAGAGGCAGGAAGAGCACCAGGGGAUGCUGUGCACAAAAUCUACCCAGGAGCUUAUGUCAAAGUAUUUGACCUGCGUCAAUGCCAUAGACAGAUGCAGCAACAAGCAGCAACUGCGCAGGCAGCUGCGGCUGCACAGGCUGCCGCAGUGGCCGGGAAUAUUCCAGGACCCGGCAGUGUCGGGGGCAUCGCUCCUGCCAUCAGUUUCUCUGCUGCAGCGGGCAUAGGAGUUGAUGAUUUGCGUCGUCUGUGUAUAUUGCGUCUGAGCUUUGUGAAGGGUUGGGGGCCGGAUUAUCCACGCCAGAGCAUCAAACAAACCCCAUGCUGGAUAGAGGUGCAUCUCCACCGGGCAUUACAGCUGCUGGAUGAGGUGCUACACACCAUGCCACUCGCUGAGCCCAGCCCUGCCAACUGACCUGGUAACAGAGCUUAAUCAAACACAGCAUCUCACAAGAAUCCACAACAGGGAACGACGGAGGAGAGAUGGAGAGGAGAUGAUGAUAUGCUCCAUAGCUUCUCCCACAUACACAGCAUGCCCACGUGAACAGACAGUGACUCACGGAAGGAGGCAGACACUUACACAAGCUUUCCAUUUCCAUGGCCAGCAGACUGAGUGGACCUCUGUGCUGACCAGUGUAUAGUCCAAUCAUAAGACUCUUGACUCACAUGGAAAUAAAGACCAGAGAAAGAUGUUCUUAAAGUACAGGUGAACACGAAACACGAGGCCCUGGAAUCCGUGAAGUUUUGAGUAACACUUGCUUCAAGAGAAAUCCAUGCACUGUCCUGACAAGAACUCAUGAGUCAUGGUAUUCUUGGCCCAGGAUAUGAUUUGAAAUGCUGAGUUAUCACUGUAAGAGCAGCGAGACCACAAACACCAAACUGGGCUAAGUAUAGAUAAUGGACAGACAAUCAUUUUUAGCUUUUGUUACAACAUGCUUUUUGUAACCAUGGGAUAGUAUUUUAGCAAAAGGUUUUGUACAACCAACCCAAGGCACGAAAUCCUAAAAAAUUGGGACAGGUUAUUUCUUUGUUUAUAAUGCCAAAGAUGGAUUUAUAGCAUUUUAUAUGCUGCAAUACCAAAACGUCAGCUUCUUUAGAGUGAAUAGAAAAUGGCAAUCCUGAGCAAGCAAAGCACAAGGUUUUCCUCAUUUAAUGCAUCUUAUCUUGCUCGUUAGGUGUGAGAUCUUUGAUUAUUUCUGAGAGUAGCAUAUGCUGAACCUAAUGUCAUGCUGGAAUUCUUUCUCUUCAUGAAACCUGUUGGUUUGCCAAGAAUGUUUAAGUGUGUGUUUCUGUUCCAAACCACCUCCACCUUUUUGUGUGUGCUUUAUUACCAAUGAAUACACGCUGUACCUUUUUUUUUUUUUUUUUAUAUAUAUAUAAAUCUAUGCAAAAUCAUUUUUUAAGUUUAUUACUGAGCCCAUUUGUUUUUCAUGUCCAGCCCGAACUAGUCAGCGGCUUGAAUUUUAGAAGUUUCAGACCGUUUGAAGAGGUUUAGUAGAUAUUAGAUUUUAUUUUUUUGCCACUUGUACUAUUAACUGCUUUGAUUUCCCUUUCGAAAUGUCAUUCAAGUGCGUCUCCCACAUGUAAUCUUCACUAUUUUUAACAUUUAGGAGCCUUGUGGUGGUUCUUCACACAAUUACUGUAAUUCUUUCAAGUAUAAGCAAAGUGUGUCUGAACGAUCAUUAAGUACAAAAAUAUACUACAAAGAUUUUAUAGUAAUGACAAUAUGACAUCAUUUACAGCAGGUUUUCUGAACUAAGAAAAAAACGUCAUCAUUGUAGAUUUUUUUUUGUUUGUUUGUUUGUUUUUUUAGUACGGUAGCUACACACACUUUAAACAUAGUUACAAGCUAUACGUGGAGGCAUAAACUAAGCACCAGAUGGCCCAUCCGUCAUACUGAGGUAUGAUGAGUCAUAUAAUAGUGUAUACUAACUGUUUUGCACACCAUUAUCUUAUAUAACAUUACUGGAAGCUAUGAUGAGGUGAACUUCACAAGGUUUCCCUUCAUCUUUGUAAACGUUAUAAAAGAAAUAGAAUGAACCCAAAACCUUGUUUUAACUCAGUACUUUAUGUAGUAUUGUACAGUCUUUCCUGAAGAAAUAAUUAAAGAAAGAAUGCUACAACAAA